GGUUAAAUUUGCUCGCAACUCGCAGGUGGUUGCGAGCAGCUCGGGAGUUUUGACAGUUUCUGUGGCUAGUGGUGGUAGUGUUAUUAUGUGUGUUUUUUUUCGUGCAAGACAGGACAAAGUAGAACCCAGCACCUGACGCAAUAAUUGACUACUCUUACAGAACUAACUGUUGUUACGAAUCCGAUUUUGUGAUAAGCCCUACUUGAAUCACAUGCGUUCCAUUGUUCUUUGUUGUCAAUAGGAUAUUCAGUUCACGAUGCCCGUGAAGGUGAAGAUGUUCCCAUCUGUUGUCUGUGAUGAAAAAGAUAAAUCGGCUUCCGUAGAAGUUGAAAGUGUGCAUUCAGAAGAUUGGAGAGGGGAAGAACUUUCUGAAUGUUCAGGUACUUUGUCAGAGGUUGACUCAGAGCAGGCAGCCACAAGCUCUGGAUUUUCAGAAGAUGGAUCAGCAAUCGUGGCCCCAAGGCAGAAUAGUGUAGCUGAAAGACUGAAGGAGCAAGUAGCUAAACUGGAUGAGCUUCUUGUUAUUGUUGAGAAAGUAUCUGCUGUUGUGAAAGCAAUAUUUGAAGCAAAUGAGAAACAGAAAAAAGAGGGUGCCUUCCACGGUGUGGAUGCUGUCUUACAGAGGCAGAAUUCUGAGGCCUUAAAAAAUGAGACACUGUUUAUUGGAACAUUAAGUCCCCAUCAAAUAGAUGGUGUAAAAUGGAUGAAGGUGCUGGACGAUCAUGAGCUGAGUGGGAUCUUGGCAGAUGAGAUGGGUAUGGGUAAGACAGUGCAAGUGAUUGCAUUUAUCUGUCUUCUUUUAGAGCAGAAUAUCUCUGGACCAUUUCUAAUUGUGACUCCACUCAGUGUUCUAAAUAACUGGGAAUCUGAAUUCCAGAGGUUUGCUCCCAAGAUACCUGUUGUGAAAUUCGCUGGUUCUAAAGAUCAACGCAUGUCAUUGUACCCCAAACUGAGACGGAAGACGACAGUUCUGACUACUGAUAUGACUCCAGUAGUUCUGACAAGUUAUGAUAUAGCUUUGAGAGAGCAAAUACUUGCAAAAUUCGACUGGAGGUUCAUUAUUGUUGAUGAAGGUCAUAGGUUGAAGAAUGCGAAGUCCAAGCUUUACAACACCCUAAAAUUCCACAGAAGCCGCAGUAGACUUUUAUUGACUGGAACACCUUUACAGAAUGAUAUUAAUGAAUUGUGGGCAUUGCUAAGGUUUGUGUUGCCCAAAAUAUUUCCUGAAGAAAAUCUACUUGAGGAUUACCUCAAGGUUUCUGACUUUCAAGGAAAUGCUGAGAUGGAGGAGGAUAAAAGAUCGAUUAUCAAUAAAGUGCACCAGUUACUGCUACCGUUUAUAUUACGAAGGGUCAAAUCUGGAAACAUGCUUGGUCUGCCACCAAAGAAGGAAAUGGUGAUAUAUGUGCCACUUACAAGAACCCAGUUAGACUUGUACCAGUCUACAUUAGACGGUUCCAUCAUCAAGAAAUUUAAUAAGAAAGAAGAGGAAGAAGAAGAAGAUUUGUAUGGCCCACGAAAGAAGCGGAGGUGCACAUUGAACAAGCGUCCAUUUUAUGACUCGGAUACUAGUAAUUCAGAUGAUGAUUCUGAUCCAGGCAUAUCAGAGAAACCAAGAGUGCUUUCAAAAACUAUGGAGGAUAAGUUGAUUAAUGAGUGCCGUAAUUCAACGUGUGAAGUGCUGCUGCAUCGUGAGCUCCUCCGAUAUUCAGCAUUAACAGAGGCCCAAAGCAAGAAACGUAAAGAAGACUAUGAGGAGAACCCAUAUAAAGGCUAUCCAGAACUGUGGUAUGUCGACAUAAUCAGGAGGAUGUCAGCCAUCCCUCUUCCUGCUGAUCAGUCCUUUGAAGACUUGCCUUUGGAGAAUAUAUUUAUGCGCGAACUCUUGUUUUACCGUUCUAUUUUAGAAUCCACAGACACACAUGAUAAUCAAGCUGAUGAUAAAUUCAGAGGUUAUCCAGACAAUGUUGUAAAUAGUAUAUUAUCACAAAUGUCCCAGCACCCUGUACCUGAAGAUCUCGUAGAGGAAGGUCUGACAGCAUGUAGUGACAGCUGUGAUGGAUACGUAGUUUCAGUGAAACAGCCUCUGAAUUCUGUUGCUGCUCCAUUAUGUAAUGUUCCUACUAAUGUAACUAAAAUCAGUUCAGAUAGUGAGGGCAAUUCCCGAGCUUUGGCUGAAAGCUACGGGUACUCAGUAGAACUGACACCUCUCAACAUGGGGAUGCAAUUACGCAAGAUAUCCAAUCAUCCCUACCUUGUUAGGAUGCCAGUUUCCAAUGGCCGCAUGGUUGUCACUGAUGAUUUGGUAACCAGCUCUGGAAAAUUUAUGGUGCUAAAGGCAUUACUCCCUCGCUUCAAGCAAGGAGGACACAAGGUCCUGAUAUUUUCAACUUUCAAAAAAGUAUUGGAUCUUCUGGAAGUACUACUUGAAUCCCUGGGUUACAGCUACUGUCGCCUCGAUGGAGCAUCUAGUCUUGAUGAACGAACUGAAAAUGUUAAUGAAUUUUGCAACCAGGAAAAUAUAUUUGCAUUUUUGAUCUCGACAAGAGCAGGAGGAUUGGGAUUAAAUCUUGUUGCUGCAGAUACGGUCAUCAUCUUUGACAGUGACUGGAAUCCGCAGGCAGACCUUCAGGCCCAGGAUAGGUGCCACAGGAUUGGGCAGAAAAAACCAGUUAAUGUUUACCGUCUUGUAACCAAAGGUACUAUAGAUGAAGUAAUAAUGAAGACAGCUGUGGCCAAGAGGAAACUUGAGAAAGUAGUUAUCCUGGAAGGCAAAUUCAACUUAACUGCAGAUGGUGCAAAUACAGAGCUUGAUAGAGAUAAAUUGCGACAUCUCCUGCAAGAGUCAUUGGCGCACUGUGUAAUAGAUUCAGGAGACAGUGUAUUAAAACCACAUCAAAUUGAAAGACUUCUGAAGAGGAGAAAAUUUCCUGCGGAUGAUGAUGAAGACAGUUCUUCAUCUGAGGUUGAAGAUCUGACAGAACUUGCGUGAACUAUAUGUGACCGAUCACCUGGUGUGGUGGUCAGUGGCUGACAUCAUGAUGUUCCUUAGACUUUCAAACGGAGUGAUGUUAAAGGAUGUGUGCACAUUUCAAUGUGUGAAAGUUUACUAUAGCCAUAGUGCGAAGUGAGAGAUUUUUUAAUAGAAUAUCACUAUUUUUGACACAAAGAUUUAGGUAUCGUGAAUUGGAAUUCUUGCCAUUGGCUGGUGAAUCUUUUAUCGCAGAGUGAAUUCGAUAAUACUAUGAGAACCUGUGAUUGGCACACAUCACAUAUCACACCUAAUCUCAAAGAUUGCUCAAGUUGUCAUUUACCAUUUGUAAAAAUUAUAUGUAAUAUAUUUUAAAAAGAAUCUCAUGUUCUACAGUAUUUUAUAAUAAAAAGAAUAAAUAUACCUUUAUUGUUACUCCCUUUAUUAAAAUAUAAAUACGUUUUUAUUUUGUGUGAUAAGUUGUCUCUUAAAUCCUUUACAUUUGAAACAUUCCAUUAAUAUGCAUUCCCAUUGUAAUAUUCUGUACUUCGCCAAUAGAAAAUUAUGCUGCACUGAAUAGAGGAAGGAGAUCUGCCUGUAUUGAAAUCCAAUUGUUUGGUUUAAUAUCGUGUACUUUAUACUGAAGGGGAGAAAGUAGUCUGCCUGCCAAUUUGGUAUUGUUUCACAUCUAACAGUAACAUCUUUCCUGUAGUUUUUAGUUGGAUUUUAGAAGCCUGUGACAAGAGUGACUUCUCUUUCAUAGUUACUCUUCCAUAAUACCUGCUGUCAACCAUAUAUUCACAACUGUAAUAACUCAAGGAAAAUAUGAAUCUACCUGUGAUAUUGCUGUAAUACAUCGGCAGUUGUGGAAACUUCCUUGCUCCAAAUUUGAUGAUUCUGUUUCAUGAGACAUCUGGUAAUUUCAUGUACCAUUUGUUUCAUGUACAAUGGCAAACUGACUGCUUCGUCCCAGGAGGAUAGAUUGUCAAGUGAUCUUAACCAGAAGUGAUGUGACGCUAUUGCCGUGUCCUGUGUGUGCAGCACAAUCGCGCUUUACGUAUUAUCAGUGACAUGCUUGAGCGGACAUCCCAACAACUAUGAGAUACUUACCAUCUGAUUUUCAGGAAAACUAUUCAGUGAAAAGAAUUAAUUUUCACGUCAUACAGUUUGAUAUUGUUGCUGAUGGAUGAUUGAAUUUAUUUUCUUACUCAAGAAUUUUGUAAAGAUUUAAACACAUUGUGUUGACUUUGCGUAUGGUUCAUUUUAGGUCAUACGUUGCUGUGAAGGAAAAAUAGCUAACACAUCGAAACAGUAUUUAAAGCUGAGACCUGAGUGAUAUCUUUCACUGUUCAGAGGUAUUGGUUUUGCACUAUGUGCCCAGAAUUGUGCCUGUCUGAACUCUAAUCUACCUGUAGUUUUUCAUAAAAAAUUAAAGCUGCUGAAACAAGGUUCUUCGCAAAUGAUUGGAUGUAAAUGAUUGUGUAUUUUGCUGCACGAUUAAUACUCGAAACUUUUUGUAUUGAGAUAUGAAAAACUAUAGCCUUUCAACA